CCACCCAUUCUCGCUCCACAGCUUUGUCUGUAGUGCUAGCGAACAUGUCUGGUCGUGGGAAGGGAGGCAAGGGUCUCGGAAAAGGAGGCGCUAAGCGUCAUAGAAAGGUGCUGAGGGACAAUAUCCAGGGCAUAACCAAGCCAGCAAUUCGGCGUUUGGCUCGUCGUGGGGGUGUAAAGCGCAUUUCGGGCCUCAUUUAUGAAGAGACUCGGGGAGUGCUGAAAGUAUUUUUGGAGAACGUGAUCCGAGAUGCUGUUACUUACACUGAGCAUGCGAAGCGGAAGACUGUGACUGCUAUGGACGUUGUUUAUGCACUGAAGCGUCAAGGUCGUACUCUGUACGGAUUUGGAGGCUAAACCCGUGCCUGUAAAAUGGUCUGUUAGAAAACAUUUGUAACCCAAAGGCUCUUUUCAGAGCCACCCACACUUUCAUGAAAAGAGCUGCUGUUCUUGGAGAACUCUGGGACAAGGAGUAUUCAUGCCCUUGUUUAUGUAUUCCUUAAUCAAACUAAUAAUUAUUUAAGGUGAAGCGAAAUUUAUAGAAUGAUUGUACUGUUUGCGCUAUAAAUAAAGGGUAAGGUAGUCCUUUAGUUUUCAACUGGGGGAAGUACUUGCAACACACACACCCCACGCCAUCGUGAGGACUCCGUGAAAGCCGCACACACGGCUCAAAAUGUAUGCGAGCGUACCUACAUGCAAAAGAGGAACCAUGGAAGGACGAUGUUGUAUGUUAGCCUGCGGGAGUUAUAAUAGAGGGGGGGAAAAAAAGCUCAUGCUCAAAUAAAUUGGUUAGUCUCUAA